UUGAUUUUUCUAUUUCAUCAUGCAAUUAUCUAAAAUUUCAAUUGAAUCUUUUGGGGCAAUAAAAAGGUUUCAUUUUUUUUAUGGGUUUGUCUUAUUUUCAUUGAAAGUUAAGAUUUUUUUAUGGUAUGGAUUGACUUGGCUUUUGGGAUUCUCACUAUUGUUGUUUUGUGUUUUUUGUGCGUCACUGUUUUCUGCACCAUUCAAUCUUGAUUUCAUUGGUAACAGUAAAAGCAAAAAGGUUCUUUCUUGUUGAAAAGGGUCUUACUUUAAAGUCAGUGAAAGAAAAAUUAUUUCUAGCUUGUGAUUUGUUUUUUAUUGGUCUUUGAGAAUCUUAUGCAAACCUUUUUGUUUGAUUGCUUGGUAGAUAGAAGAAAGAAUAGGGAUUAUUUGUUGAUUGAAUUGUAAGUGUAAUUGAAAAAUGGAAGGUGAUAUAUUUGGAGAAUUAGGUGAUACAAGUCAAGUAGAUAGUAGAGUUUUACAGGUAUUUCAGAAGAGUUUAGUGCAAGCACAAGAUAUUUUGAAUCAAAAUCGGCUUUUAAUCAACGAGAUUAACCAAAAUCAUGAGUCUAGGAUGCCGGAUAAUCUGAGCAGAAAUGUUGGGUUGAUUAGAGAGCUUAAUAGUAAUAUCAGAAGGGUGGUUGAUCUUUAUGCCGAUCUUUCGAGUUCUUUUACCAAGUCGCAGGAAGCUUCGUCUGAAGGAGACUCAAGUGGAACUCUCAAAUCUGAUGGAAAAGUUAACCAGAAGAGAAUUAGAUCCAGUUAACAUGUUGAAUUUGAGGUUUCAUAUGAGUCAGUGAAGUGAAGAAGUUGGUUUAUUCUGAUGCUACAAUGAAUGAACUUUUCUGGUGAGAUUAUGUGUAACCUCUCCCAGGUUUCUCCUGUGCCAUGUCCUUCCAUAUAUAUUCGUUUUAUGUUUGUAUAAACGAUCAAUUUAGUUCCUAAAAUAUCGCCCUCUCUUUGCAAUUUAGUCUCUAAAGCAUAUAAAUAUAAUAAGUAGUCUAUGAAGUAUAUGAAAUUCAUUAUCUGUAUAUGAAAAUCUGUCAUAUUAGUCGUUAACAGCACCUUACUAGCAGAGACUAAAUUGACGGAUUUUAUGUACUUCAAUGACUAUACUUUUUAUACUUUAAAGAUUAAAUUAGUGAGAAUGUGAUACUUCGGUGACUAAAUUGUUGGUUUGUUCGUUUAUGUUUAAAAAGGCACAAAGCUUUCGUUGAUAAUCUAAUUAAUGUAGCAUCAAUUUAAGGAUUUUGCAGUUGUGAUUUCCUGUAACACUGUUAUAGCAUCAUGAAAUGAAACAUGUUCAUGGACCAGUUAAUCAAAUUUCCAAGAUUGAACUUGUUA